CCCGUCCGGCGCGGCCUGCCUCUCUUGGUUCUCUUGAUCCCUCGGACCUUAGACUACGGCCUCGCCACAUCUCCGGUCCGAUCAUGGGCUCUGCCGAGCGCCCCGCGCUGAGGUCGCCGUCGUCGCCGCCCCCUCCCCCAUCGCCGCCGUCGCCGCUGCUGCUACUGCUGCCCCUGCUGCCUCUGUGGCUGGGCCUGAUGGGGCCCGGAGCCGCGGCGGACGGCAGUGAGCCGGAGGCCCGGGCAGGACGGGGCGGAGCCCGUGCAGUGCGGGUGGAUGUGAAGCUGCCGCGACAGGACGCCCUGGUUUUGGAGGGCGUCAGGAUCGGUCCCGAAGCGGGUCCGGAACCUCUGCUGGGCGGCCGCCUGCUGCUGAUGGAUGUUGUGGAUGCUGAGCAAGAGAUACCCGUAGAUGGCUGGAUUGCAGUGGCUUAUGUGGGCAAAGAGCAGGUCGCCCAGUUCCACCAGGAGAAUCAAGGCAGUAGCCAGAAGGCAUAUCCCAAGGCUCUGGUCCAGCAGAUGCGCCGAGCCCUCUUCCUGGGAGCCUCUGCCCUGCUUCUCCUCAUCCUGAACCACAGUGUGGUCCGAGAGUUGGAUAUAUCCCAGCUUUUGCUGAGGCCAGUGAUUGUUCUCCAUUACUCCUCCAAUGUCACCAAGCUGCUGGAAGCACUUCUGCAGAGGACCCAGGCUACUGCUGAGAUCAGCAGUGGAGAGUCCCUUUCAGCCAACAUCGAGUGGAAGCUGACAUUGUGGACUACCUGUGGUCUCUCCAAGGAUGGCUACGGAGGCUGGCAGGACGUGGUGUGCCUGGGAGGUGCUCAGGCCCAGGAACAGAAGCCCCUGCAGCAGCUAUGGAAUGCCAUCUUGCUUGUGGCCAUGCUCCUGUGUACAGGCCUUGUGGUUCAGGCCCAGCGGCAGGCAUCAAGACAGAACCAGCUGGAGCCUGGAGGCCAGGAGGAUUUGUUCAAACGCCGUGUGAUUCAGAGAUUAGCGUCCCUCAAGACUCGGCGCUGCCGGCUGAGCAGGGCAGCACACAGCCUUCCAGAGGCGGGCACAGAGACGUGUGCUGUGUGUCUAGAUUACUUCUAUAACAAGCAGUGGCUCCGGGUACUGCCCUGUAAGCAUGAGUUCCACCGAGACUGCGUGGACCCCUGGCUGAUGCUACAGCAGACCUGCCCACUGUGCAAGUUCAACGUCCUGGGUGAGCACCAGGGGCCAGGUGGGAUCCUGGGCUAGCUCCCUAAGCCCCACCUGAUACCUCUCUCCCUGCCCUUCCUUUCCCUACAGGAAACCACUACUCAGAUGACUAACUGCCCCAGGGGAGAUUCUGUACUUCAGAAUGGACCCUUCCCAGCCUACACCACAGGAGAGUGGGAUGGACAGACCAGCUAGCCCUGUGGGCAAAGGAAAGGUCCCACCAUGCCCAUGGCGGGUAGGAGGAACUCACAGCUCCAGGCUGAAGACACAGAGCCAGGACCCAGCAGGCAAGGAGAAAUCUAGACUAGAGCCCUUCUCUGCAAACCUGGGGUAUUUAUGUCUGUCCUCAUAGGCAGCUCCCACAACUCUGGGAAAGAAAAUAUGGCCAUUACACCUGUCCCCAGCACUCUGGAGCUUCAGUGUUGAAUUUUAUGCUAUUUAUUGGGGGAUAGAUUGAGGGAAAAGAGGUGUGGCCAUGGGACCCACUGGCAUGACCCUGUCUUUCGGGCCAUGACCUGAUCAAAUCAAAGGUGUGAUGUUAAGGUGAGCCUGCCCACUCCCUGCUGCCUGUCCAGCUGGAUUCUUCUAGUCUGGCUGGGAUCAGAGGCCUUAGAAGCCAUCUAGUGCUGUAUUUCUUGGUUGGGCUAAAUGUUACUGACCAGGAUACUUGAGGCCACAGAAUAUAUGUGGUGCAUCUGCCAAGGGCAUCAUUAAAAAAAAAAAAAACCCACAAAAACAAAUGUUUGAGUAGGGAAGUUUUAAUAGUAAAAUAAACAUGGAAUAUAUUUUAACAUAAAA